AUGAUCAACCAAAAAACGUAAAGCAUUGAACAAGAAGCUAUUUAAUGUAACAUUUAGCGAUUUCUAAAUUAUAGAUCCUUUAGAUAGUUAAAAAAGUGAGGAUUCUUGCCAAAGAGACCUGAAACCUAAGCCCAACCCUUAAAUAUCUGCUGUGUUCAUUGAAACUCACGACCUUCCACAUGAAAUUCCGUCUGGUAAACCUACCUAUGCUUGUACAAAGUGCAACAAAGAAUAACGAGCGUAAAAUAAUAUAACAAUUAUAGUCUGAAAAUCUUUUCAAGUUUAAGUAGUAUUUUGCUCUUAGGAUUUGUCUUAGGAAGAAUAAUACCAUAAUUUAUAUAUGAUGGCUGUUUACUAUCAGCUAUUAUUUGGAUUUGCAGGUAUUUGAUUAAUUUUAUUGUAGUUUUGCAUUUUUUAUCUUGAAUAUGAUUUUGUAUUGUCUCUUUAUAAAUAAAAGAGCACUAUUAAUUAUUACUAUUUGGAUUUUUGGAAAUUGUCUAACUUUUCUUUCAGACUUAAUAGCCACUGUAAUUGCCUUAGGUUCUCCUUUAUAUAAAAAUUUAUGUGAGAAAUCUCAAUGGCAAGGUGAAGAAGAUGAUUGCCAAAUUAAGAAAUCAAUUAAGGACACUUUGUAUUUAAAUAUUUAAUUUCAGCUCUAUUAUCUAUAUAGCAUUCUUAUUAGCUAUUGGAAUUAUUCAUGGUUGUUUAUGUUAUAAAGGAUAUUAAAUCAGAAAAUUGUUCAAAUUUUAACAAAAACUAUCAAAUAGUGUUCCUUCCUCAACAUAGAUUUAGUUUUGA